AUGGACUCUCUUCCUCAUGUGGUGGAAGAUUGCGCGGGCCUCCUCCAGCUCUUCAGCGACGGCUCCAUUUUCCGGCGACGCGAAAAUAUGAACUUUUCCAUUGAGGUCCAGGACGACGGCACCGUCGUCUGGACGGACCUCCCGUACGACGAAGAGCACGGCCUCCGCCUCCGCAUCUACAAGCCCCGCUCGCCGCUGCCCGUCCCCCUUCCCGUCCUCUUAUUCUUCCGUGGCGGCGGGUUCUGCCUCGGCGACCGGACGUGGCCGGACGCCCACAUCAGCUGCCUCCGGCUGGCGUCGGGGCUGGGGGCGGUGGUGGUGUCUCCGGACUACCGCCUCGCGCCGGAGAACAGACUUCCGGCCGCCGUGGAGGACGCCCGGAGGUCCGUGGUGUGGCUGAGGGAGCAGGCGCUGGGGGCCGAUGGCAGCGGAGGCGGGUGGCUGAGACGGGGGGAGGUGGACUUCGGGAGGGUGUUCGUGGUUGGGGACUCCUCCGGCGGGAACCUGGCACGCCAGCUGGCGGUGGAGCUCCGGCGGGGAUCUCCGGGGAUGGAGCCGUUGCGGGUGAGGGGGUACGUGCUGAUGGCGCCGUUUUUCGGCGGGACAGCGAGGACAAAGUCGGAAGCCGAGGGGCGGCCGGAAAAGCUACUUAAUCUGGAGACGCUGGAUAGAUUUUGGAGGCUAUCGCUGCCGAUUGGGAGCACAGCAGACCAUCCAUCGGCCAACCCAUUUGGGCCGUCAAGCCCAAAUCUGGAGUCCGUGGAACUUGACCCAAUGCUUGUGCUAGUGGGCGGGUGUGAAGUGAUGAAGGACAGAAUUGAAGACUACUACAAAAGAUUGAAAGAUAUGGGCAAAGAAAUCGAGUACGUUGAGUAUGAAGGGCAGGAGCACGGUUUUCUCUACAUUCAACCUUUCUCUGAAAUGGCCAACAAAGUUUUACAAGAUAUUAAUCAAUUUAUACACAAAAAUUCCAUCUAA